AUUAUUUCAGUCCCAGGAACCGUUCUGCCGCACCCACAAUGAUAUCUAUUUUCAUGGAAUUCAAACUCACAUCUACUACAGUCACCAACGCUCUAGACAACAUGAAAACUUCCUAACCACCUCUGCUAGGGCGAGUAAAAUGGUCAGAGUGAGGUGUUCUUUCAUUUGUAUCUGGAAGUAAUUAGCCAACUUUGGCCAGUUAGCUUGCUUGACUACCGUUGUUGUGAGGUCAGAACGCUCGGAUCAACCCUACUCGUCGACCAUACCUUCCAACGUGUGCUCUGAGCUCACUAUGUGAGAGAAUCUGCGAAUCAGCAUCCAAAACGUUUGUUUGUGACGCAGAUCGGUGUAUGAGAUCUCUAUUUCAAUCAGAUCCUGCGUUGACACCAGGCAGGGUGGCUUGAGUCCGUUAGGUAACCGAGAAGUUGGAGUCAAUUUAAUACUUUUAGCUAGUAAUAUAAAUGGUUUGAGAUUCAUUACCUGUUACUUACACCAAAUAAAUAUGGGGAACCGUGUCCCUCGUGAGGAUUACGAAUGGGUUUAUACAGAUCAGCCACACGCAGACAGGAGGAAAGACAUUUUGGCAAAGUACCCAGAAAUAAAGACCCUAAUGGGGCCUGAUCCCAGGCUGAAGUGGAUUGUUUGCAUGAUGGUACUCAUCCAGUUUUUAGCAUUCUAUCUGGUCAAAGACCUAGACUGGAAAUGGGUCUUGUUCUGGACUUAUGCCUUUGGCAGCUGUAUCAACCACUCCAUGACCCUGGCCAUUCAUGAGAUCUCCCACAACACAGCGUUUGGCAACAGCAGGGCCAUGUGGAACCGCUGGUUCGCCAUGUUUGCCAACCUGCCCAUCGGGCUGCCGUAUUCUGCCUCCUUUAAGCGCUACCACCUGGACCACCACCGCUACCUGGGAGGAGAUGGCGUGGACGUGGACAUCCCCACUGAAUUUGAGGGCUGGUUCUUCUGCACACGCUUCCGUAAGUUUGUCUGGAUCAUCCUUCAGCCUCUGUUCUAUGCCAUCCGCCCUCUCUGCAUCAACCCCAAGCCCAUCACCAGGCUGGAGGUGGCCAACGUGGCUGUGCAGCUGUCCUUCAAUGUGGCCCUCUACUGGCUGUGUGGAGCCAAGCCUGUGGUCUACAUGAUGGCAGGUUCCUUGCUGGGAAUGGGCUUGCACCCCAUCUCUGGACACUUCAUCGCUGAGCACUACAUGUUCCUCAAGGGCCAUGAGACGUACUCAUACUAUGGCUCCCUCAACCUGCUCACCUUCAACGUGGGCUACCACAACGAGCACCACGACUUCCCCAGCAUCCCAGGACGUAGGCUACCUCUGGUGAAGAAAAUCGCAUCGGAGUACUACGAUGACCUGCCCCAGUACACAUCAUGGGUGAAGGUCCUGUAUGACUUCAUUAUGGACGACCGGCUCAGCCCCUACUCUCGUGUGAAGAGGAGGCUAACGGGAGAUGUCAAGCUGGAGUAAAUCCUUCCCCUCCCUCUCUCUUACUCUUAACAAAAAAACUGAAGUAUAUUGACACCAGCCCCAAUUAACCACCAAGACUUAACAGCUUUUGCAUAUUAAUAGACAUUUGAACAGAAUGUGUAGUGUCUGUGGAAAGUAUGUGUGACAUGUAUGUGUUAAUGUUUUCCUCCUAAGGAACAACUGAAAGGGGUGAUGGAACAUGGUUAUAUAGUCUUCUCUAGCAGAAUUACAACCAUUACUGCUUGCAUUCCAAUUAGUCCUUAUUACACAAGAUUGUCAUUUCUCCUAUUUGUUUUUCCUGAAAAGCCCAUUUAUUGCAGUUGUGGUCAUUUUAGAAACCUGUAAUAGGGAUGACGGCAAGUCUGAAUAUUUUUCUAUUCACAAAUUUUUAUUUUUUAUUUAUAUGAAGAAUUUAACUCUAGAUUACUUAGGAGUUCAGCAUCAGUUGCUGAAUGUGUUGAAUAUUUGAGAUCCUGUUUGUAUAGUUUAUUUUAUGAUCAGUUUUAUUUAAUCUCUUUGAAAGAGGUGUAGCAAUAUACAACCAUAUCUUAUUGUGAAAAUGUUUUAUUGGAAAGGGUGGAGGAUACUCUUGCACCAGUUAGGAGAUCAGGCCACCUAAACAGUUUUUUGCUGCUUUGGGGGGGUGAGAAGCCUAGCUUAUCACUUCUCUUACGUGUCUACUGAGGCGAGUUGCAAAUUCCAUGCUAGAAAUGUUAUGUUCUCAUUUCACUCGUAAAAUAUUGAGUUCUGUCCUUUCUUGUAGACUACUACACUUACCAUAUCACAGUGUGUGUAGAAUGAACAUAUUGGCUAAAGUUGAGCUUAUUUUUUAGCUCUUUUUAGAUUGGAGUGCCAUUUUGUAUUGUGCUUGCCAACACCUCUGUUCAAUAGCUGAUUGUCUGAAUUUUACAUUUAAUUUGACACAAUGGGGAGAAAGAAUGGCAUUAGAUCAAACAUUCCCUUGUUUUGUUUAAUUUAUGUUUGCCCUUUUAUGGAAAGACAAUGUGGCCUUAAAUGUGUAAAUUACUGUAAUGCAGAUGCUGCGUUCAUAUCUUGUCAGAUGGUGGAAAUACAAAAGGACUAGCCUCUAGCUUAUGUAUGCUCUAAACACCAACUUGUCAGGACUUAGUGUGAUGGUUCUCCUUUUAUAAAAACUCAAAAUGCACAUCUAAAAUCUACUGAAUGUUAUAGCAAAUGUUGUUUUUAGACAAUGAGUCUUUCAACAAUCACUAUUCUGACAGUCUAAUGGAAACCCAAUCAAAGGCCAAAUUAAUUGAAAACAAAUCUAGAUAAGAGUAACUCUUAAGUCUGUCCUUUGUUCCAUGUACAGUAUGAUUGUUGUUACAAUUCCACUAGAUUCUGAAGGUCUUGAUUAUUUCCAAUUGUGUCCUUAACAUUUGCAAUGACGUAAGUAGCCUAAUUUGUGAGAAAGACAAAAUAGCUUAUUUUAAGAUGAUUGACCUCAAGAACCGGGCCACACCCUUAGUCAUUGAGUUUGAAAGCCUCUCAAAUAUGUCACUUUAAAGUAGCUACCACUGAGGGAGAGAAAGCCAAUUGGUGUAUCACAGCCAAACCAUGAUGUGGAUAGAUAUUGUCCAAAGUGGAUUGGAAACUUGCUGACAUUGGUGCUGAAUCACAAAUUGACCCUUAUACUCUCCAUGUAGACCUGGAAUGGUAAUAGUUCCAUCUUGCCCUCUGAUAGGUAUGGAGGGAGAUUAGGUCUAUUCGAUAUGGCCACACUUAUCCAAUCUAUUACAGAUGUACCUAGGGUUGAUUUGCGAUUCAGGGGGCCUCUGAAACAAUGUAGAGGGGUUGUUGGUUAUAUCUACAUCAGUAUUAAACAAACUGAACUCAUGCUAAGGGUGAAAGAAUAAUGUUUAUAUUCUCAACUCAAACAUUUUAAUUUGGAAUAUUCUGCAGCAAGAGUCAUGAUUGUAUAACUGCAUCCAAUAUGAUUUUAUUAAACUAAUUGACCUUG